AUGACUUUAUCACACUGGAUGAAGAAGUGCUUCUUAAAGUCCGGGUGAUGCAAUAUCGGCGCUCUGGCAGUCUGUGAGAGGGACUGAAAUUGUCGAAAAAUUCCGGAUGAAUCGCCGAUACCAGCCCGCCGUACCCAAAAAUCUCCUGACUUGUCUCACGUUUUUCGGCAUCGGUAUCUGUACGAUCGCUUGCACCUUCUCGGGGUCGGUCCUCAGUGCGCCCUCGCCCACAAUGUACCCCAGGUUUGCCGUCUCCAGACACUUUGCGACUUCCUCUAGCAGAUUCACGUGCUCCUCAAACGUUCGGGAAAUCACCAACAGGUCGUCCAAGUACACAAACACGUGGCUUCGGAGUCGCUGCGGGAUUACCCGGUCCAUCAGCCGNAAAGCUUUCAAUACUUCAGCCCAUGCUUAUCUUAUCUUUUGUACGGGUCUGGCCACUGAUUUUAUUCUUUUACUUUUUCUUUAG